CGAAACUGAAACCAGAAACCAAUACGGCCCUGGCUCGGUCAGCAGGUCCAGGGAGACAGUUCUGUCCCCACUGGCUCUCCUGUCCCUGCCCGAGUAUCACGAUGGAGCUCAGACAUACCCCAGCCAAGGAUCUGGACAAGUUCAUCAAAGAAUAUCUCCAACCGGACACCAGUUUCCGAGAGCAAGUCAAAAGGGCCAUUCACAUCAUCUGCAGCUUCUUAAAGGAAAGGUGUUUCCGAGGUGGCAGCCACCCCGUGCGGGUGUCAAAGGUGGUGAAGGGUGGCUCCUCAGGCAAAGGCACCGCUCUCAGAGGCCGAUCUGAUGCUGACCUGGUUGUCUUCCUCAGUCCUCUUAGAAGUUUUCAGGACCAGUUAACUAACCGGGGAGAGUUCAUUAAGGAAAUUAGGAAGCAGCUGGAAGCCUGUCAAAGAGAGAAAACGUUUGAUGUGCAGUUUGAGGUCCAGAAUCCAAGAUGGAGCAACCCCCGCGUGCUCAGCUUCGCGCUGUAUUCACCGCAGCUCCAGGAGGGGGUGGAGUUUGACGUGCUGCCUGCCUUUGACGCCCUGGGCCAGUGGACCGAAGGCUCUAGACCUGACCCCGAAAUCUACAUCAAGCUCAUCCAGGAGUGCACCGCCCCGCCGAGAGAGGGCGAGUUCUCCACCUGCUUCACAGAGCUGCAGCGGGACUUCCUGAGGCGCCGUCCAGCCAAGCUGAAGAGCCUCAUCCGCCUAGUGAAGCACUGGUAUCAAAUGUGCAAGGAAAAGCUUGGGAAGCCCCUGCCACAGAAGUAUGCCCUGGAGCUCCUGACAGUCUACGCUUGGGAGCAAGGGAGCAGAGAGCCAGGGUUCGUGACAGCCCAGGGCUUUCAGACCGUCUUGAUAUUAGUGAUGAACUACCAGCAACUUUGCAUCUACUGGACGUCAUAUUAUGACUUUAAAACCCCUGAAAUUGGAGAGUAUCUGAAAAGGCAGCUUGAGAAACCCAGGCCUGUGAUUUUGGACCCGGCUGACCCUACAGGAAACGUGGGUGGCGGAGACCCAGAGGGUUGGCGACGGCUGGCACGAGAGGCUGAAACCUGGCUGAGUUUCCCGUGCUUUAAGAGUUGGGAUGGGUCUUCAGUGGGGUCCUGGAGUGUGCCGAGCCUCAUCACACACCCGGAAUCCAGUCCACAGGAGGACGAGAACUGGACGUGCACCGUCUUCUAACCCCAGCACAAUCCACGGGCAAGGGCUCUAGAGUCACCCAGAUAAACCUUCUCAUUUCCGGUUGAGACCCUUGAUCCAGAGAAGGCAGGGGACUGCCCCAAGGUCCUCAGUGAGUCAGUGUAUGAUCUAGGACCAGAGCCUUUCUAUGCCCUCUUCCAUCAUAGAUAGCAUCCCCACAGCCCCGCCUCUGUCCGCAAAGUCCCUGAGAGACUUAGACAUGAGAGUGGAAUUCCAGCCUCGACUUUCUUCCAUGUAUCUGGCGAGAGGGUUAUGUACAAUGUGUUACCUAGAACAAUAAAAAUAACAGCAAAUACCA